AUGGAUGAACCUGGACAAGGAUUUCAGCCUGAAUAUUCGGCCCAGAAUGACAUCGAACCAGAGUUGAGGGGAGAUAAUGCAUCAAGCUGUUCACACUCAACCCAACCUCUUCCUUCCCCACGAAUGUCACUUCCCUCCCUCUAUGCCAUAGCUGGAAAGAAGGGAGAGUGUAUAUACAGAAGAAAGAGUAAAGACCGAGGCUACGCACCUUCAGUUGCACCAUACAAUCAACCAGCGGGUUGUGGAAGCUACGACGAAUUGAUGAUGCCCAUCAAAGCUGAAGCAACUGAAGUUUGCACUAACAAAGUAAUUGGCCUGAGGCCCGCCAUAUACCAAGACCGAGCUCAAUUUCUGUCUGAAUAG